AGAUCGCAGUUUCGCAGAGAAGGGUCCGCCAAAAAUUAGUCCGCCGGAAUGAGGGUGGCGGCGGACAUGGUCUACGACUACGGCAGCGAGGACUCCAUGAGCACCACCCACCUGGACUGGCCCUUCCUCAUCAAGGGCAUCCUGGAGGGCCAGACGUGCACGCCCACUGCGCCGGAGCCGCUGGCCGCCAUCCUGUGGGCCAUCUUCGCAGUGUUCGGCAUCGUGUACGCGCUGCUCGGCUACCGAUGCCUGCGCGCCGUGGGCUUCCUCAGUGGACUGCUGGUGGGCGCCAACGGCAUCUUCAUCCUGCAGGACUUCCAGAUCACCUUCCUGGGCAAGCCGGCGGACUCGGCGCUGGCCAUCGUGGCGGGGUUGCUGGGCGCGGUGCUCGGCUCCACCUAUCCGGUGGCCUCUGUCCUAAUUAGCGCCUUCGCUGGCGCCCUGCUCUCCGGCGCCGCCAUGGCCGUCUGUGUAGCCACCUUUCCGGACAACGAGUUCGGGUACCGCGAGAUCUAUGUGGCGGUGGUGGGUGGAGCCGUCAUCUGCUCCGUGCUGACCCUGUGCUGCGUGAAGUACGUGACCAUUCUCACGUCCAGCAUUGUGGGUACGGCCAUGAUCCUCAGCGCCAUCGACUUCUUCAUGCACGGCCUGGAGACCAUCAAUUGGAUAAUCGGCAUGCGGCCGCAUCCCUCGCCGCCACCUUGCUACGGUGGCCUCCUGAUCGCCGCCUGGCCCGUCACCAUCGUCCUCAGCAUCAUGGUGCAGUGCUUCAUCACCGCCUGGCGCGUGGACCACCGCAAGCGGGUGUACAUGCGGCACCACAACCAUCCCGGCCACGCCCACGGCGCCCACCUGCCGCACAGCCAGCAGCAGGCGGGACCCAACCACGCCCUCGCCCCUGUCCGGCGAUCCCAGUCCCGCACCCGGGAGACGCGCGAGGAGGCCAGGCAGCGCAAGUUCCGGUAUCUGUACCAGGUGCGCACGGCCCGUGGUGACAUCAUAUCGCAGAACUUCGUGUCCGCACUGCAGAAGCGCAUCCAGCUGAGCGGCACGGAGACGCCGUCGGAGAGGUCGAUCAAGAGCAGCUCGAACGAGCGGAACACGUUCCGGAGCGACCGCACGCACUUCACCACCAUACACGAUCCGGACUCGGAGCUGUGCGACAAGAUCGAGAUCGUCCGUGACAUUGGAUAACAAACAAGCAAUAGCUACAUGUAACUAUACCCGUAGGGGGCUACGGGCUGCGGUACUUGGGCGCGGAUGUGGCCAUGGUCGGGGGACAGAACUGGAUAGU